CCCCACCACCACCGCCCCCAAUCAAUCCCUCCUCCCCUCCCCUCCCCUCGCCGCGAGAUCCCCCCCCCCGAUCCCGAUCCGGCGGCGCCAUGGGCGGCGGCAAGGACCUCACGGACGACCAGAUCGCCUCCAUGCGGGAGGCCUUCUCGCUCUUCGACACCGACGGCGACGGCCGCAUCGCGCCCUCGGAGCUCGGCGUCCUCAUGCGCUCCCUCGGCGGCAACCCCACGCAGGCGCAGCUCCGCGACAUCGCCGCGCAGGAGAAGCUCACGGCCCCCUUCGACUUCCCGCGCUUCCUCGACCUCAUGCGCGCCCACCUCCGCCCGGAGCCCUUCGACCGCCCGCUCCGCGACGCCUUCCGCGUCCUCGACAAGGACGCCUCCGGCACCGUCUCCGUCGCCGACCUCCGCCACGUCCUCACCUCCAUCGGCGAGAAGCUCGAGCCCCACGAGUUCGACGAGUGGAUCCGCGAGGUCGACGUCGCGCCCGACGGCACCAUCCGCUACGACGACUUCAUCCGCCGCAUCGUCGCCAAAUGAUUCCUCGCCGAUCCCACUACCCCCAAACCCCCGCCGCGCGCUUGACGAUUUCAUUUGCUUUGGUUUGCGUUCUAUCAUCUGAUCUUGUCUCAUUUGAAUUUGCCCCGUCACUUCUCUUCUCGUCUGUGCUUUCAUUUCAUUUCCGGACUGCUGCCUGUGACUACUAGGGUUUGGAUAAAUGGAUGGAUAAUGCUGUGUGCGUGUGUGUCUGUUUGUAUCGACAGACCGAUCAAUUAAUUAAUGGAUCUGGCUGAUGAUGCUUUGCUUAGCUACAUGUAAUGUAAUACUUUUUGCAAUGUAAAGUGUGGAUCUGUUUCGGUGUUUCCUUCAUCA